UUUUCUGUUGUCUGUACCGAACGUACUCGGUGGUAAGUCUGUUGCAGCGGAUGCAAUUCCGGCGAUGGUAAAUUACCGCGCCGAUUUCGAGGUCAAGCAUGACGAUAAUGACGACGCAGUAACGAUUUCCAUAAUUUCCGUGGGCAACUAUUAUUCUACAUCGAUCUCCAGUUUCCCAUAUGUUGGACCAGCCCUGGACAUGGGCCUGGAAACACUAAGGACAACGUUUGAGCACUUCUCUAAGCGAAGGGUUAUCUUCGAUCACACUUACGUGUACGGCAAACAAUAUCACACCUGCGAAUCUGUUACGGAUAAUGUUGACCACUUUGUUGCGGAAUAUUAUUACAAUCGGGAAUCAACACCAAACAUGACAGCGUUCAUAGCGCCAGGAUGUACGGAAAGAAUUAACCUGGCAAAGCUGGUACAAGGAUGGAACUGCUUUAUGAUGGUGGGUGGAAACGGCGAGCCAGUAUUUCGUGAUAAAGCGCUAUUUCCAAAUUUGGUCCUUGCCGGCGAAAAUGCAAUUCAAAGCUAUGUGAACUUUUUUUCCACACUACUACAUCGAUUCCAUUGGAAAGAUGUUUACAUCGUACUCAACAAGUCUGCCAAACCGUUCCAUACGUUGCUAGCGCCAAGUUUACACGGCUUCUUAAGAACGCAAAAAGAUAUUUCUGUGACCUUUUCAAAAACCGGCAAUGAUACCAGAGAGGAAAAGCUUCCAAAGCUUUUAGAAAAUAUAAAGAUAUCUGCCCGAGUUGUGAUAUAUUUGGGGCUGGCAUCAGAUCUGAGGAACUUUUUGUUACUUGCUCAAUCUUAUGGGAUGGCAAAUGGAGAUUACGCAUACUUUGCGGUGGAGCCAUUUAAACACAAGGAUUAUGGGAAUAUUUCAUGGCAGUAUUACGAUGGCUAUGAUGAGGCGGCGCAGACAGCAUACAAGUCGUUGUUUGUGAUAACUGCUGCGUCGGAUAAUUCUAAUGUUUCCGAGCGAUUAGCCUUUUACAAAGAACUGAAGUUCCGCUCAAAGCGAGAUUACAAUUUUUCGUACGCUGACGGAGAGCAGCCAAAUCCAUUUGUUGUGGCCAGCUUCGAAAGUCUAUUGAUGUUCGGCAAUGUUUUGUUAGAGAGGUUAAACGAGACAGGAUUCGAUUUAGCCGACGGAAGCGCAUUCGCUUCGGAAUUUUGGAAUCGGUCUUUUGUGUUGCCUUAUUCUGGAAAUGUUCAGUUUGACGAUGUCGGGGAACGCCAAACCAAUCUCGUAAUGCAACAGUUUAUGAACAACUCAACCGAUGUGACUGAUAUCCUGAUCUUUAACGACACGACCAGCGAAAUCCACUUCCUAAGUAACAUUCAGUGGAAUUCGGUAUGGCCCAUUAAAAAUGAACCCGAAUGUGGAUUUCUCGGUACCGCUCAACGGUGCCGUGAUUUGGAAUAUAGAGCGAAUGUAAGAAUCUUGACAUCUUCCAUUGUUGGAAGUAUUCUGGUGAUCUGCUGCAUGAUCACUGGAGCAAUGAGAUCUGCAACACGCAAAGCGAUUAUUCCAGAAAACAACCUUUGGGAAGUUAAAGGCGGCCUUAUUAGAUGUUUACCAGUCAUUAUGGAUGCUGAUCGCGGCAAAAGUAUCAUUACCAGUAAAAGACGGACGCGCUAUUCCGGCAUUGCCUCGUUGAAAGGCACGAAGGUCUGGGUGGAAUACAUCGCUGUGCGGCAGCAGAUAAAAUUAACCAAAAAGACGGAAACCCUUUUGACCAUUGUUUACAACUGUGUACAUCCAAACGUCAACAGGUUUAUUGGACUUGCUUUUGAAGAAGGGCUUAUGAUGUUAAUCAGUGAAUACUGCAAGAGAGGAACAUUAAAGGAUGCCAUGGAAAGCCAAAGCGUGACACUGGACUGGAUCAUUAAAUUAAAUUUUAUCUCCGAUUUAGCACAGGCAGUCCGUUUUAUUCAUUCUUCCUCAUUGGGCGUGCACGGCUUUUUGAAAAGCAGCCGCUGUCUGAUUUCCAAUCAUUUUACACUACAAGUGGCUGAGCUCGGUCACGACAAAAUAGUGGAGACGGUAUUCGGCACAAACCCCCGCGCGGCCAAUAUCAGUUUCACUCGCCGGGAAUCCGUGUGGAUAGCGCCGGAAAUGCUGUAUUACAAGAAUUCUGCUACACCGGAAAUGGACAUUUACGCCAUCGGGGUGAUUAUUCAGGAACUGGUACACGAUACCUCGGCUGCUCAUCUCAGCCUGAGCAGCUUGCGAAACUUCAGCUUGGACGGUGGUCAACAGCGAAAAAAUCUUCCGAUCAAGAGGGACACCGAAUCGAGAUUGAUAUAUAUGUCCAAGCGCUGUCUGAGCGCCAAUCCUAUGCGGCGGCCCCGCAUUAAAGAAAUCAUCGAGCUUAUUGUCAGUUUGAGAGGAAAGUCACCGAACAGUGUUUUUGAAGAAUUACUCAACCGGUUGGAACAUCAUACGGGAGAAUUGGAAAAUGCUGUCAAUAACCGUACGGAUCAGAUCAUGCUAGAGAAAGAGGAAUGUGACAAAGUUUUGCACGAACUACUUCCCAAGUCAAUUGUCGAACAGCUACGGACGGGAGAAAGUAUAAAACCAGAAUAUUACGAGCAAAUGACGGCAUGCUUUUGUCACAUCUUCGGGUUUCCCCAUUUUGCGGACUACCAUUCGGCGCAGCGGGUCACAAAAUUCCUAUCAGAGAUGUUUAUUUUAUAUGACGAAACUAUUCAGUCAUUUGAUGCUUUCAAAUUGGAAUCAUCGGGGGAAAGUUUAAUCGUUGUAAGCGGUGUGCCGAUGGAAAAUGGUCUGCGGCAUGCGGUGGAAAUAUGCCGCUUUGCUAUUCAGCUGCGAAAGAAAUUCACGAGAAGAUAUUACGAUAAUCAUUUGCAACUCCAGAUGGGCAUCGACACUGGUUCCUGUGUGACAGCGGUUCUCGGAUUCAAAGUACCCCGCUACAAUGUCAUCGGCGAAACGAUGAACGUUGCUAGCCGUUUGGCAAACAGCGGAAAACCAUCCAGAAUUCAAGUCAACCAGACCACCGUUCAACUGGUGAUGGAUGCCGGAGCAGAUGACCUGCGGUUCUUGAACAGAGGAUUAGUUGACAAAGGCACAAACUCCUUACAAACAUUCUGGCUGGAGGACAAAGUUUGUUUGAACUGCGGUGGUUUUAAUGCAUUUUACAGAUUACAAGAUACUUAACAAAACCAGUUGCUGUUGUACUACAAACUAUAUAAUACAUUUACGCUAUGUUACAAAAUCAACCGAACCCGAAAUCUCUGUCAACAAUCAAAGUAAUUUACUAUGAUUACCGAAAGCUUAAAUGAA